AUGUUUUCAGCAAACUGGUUCCAGACCAGCCUGGCAUGACACACCCAUAUGGUGGCUGAAAGGUAGAUGGGGACAAAAAAUCACAUGAGCUCAUGGAAGGGACUGCUUUCCUGCCUCCUCCUGAAUCCCCUGAAACUCAUUGCCUCCCCAUUCUCAUGGCCUUGCAUAUCCUCACCAUCACCUGGUGUGUUUGGAAGUUAAUUUUCUCAAGUUUUUAUUUCUUGCAUUACUCAUGGAUGUGCACUACCAAUUUGGGACAUCACUGUGGAGAGCACUGACAUCCUGGAAGAGCUCAGACGUUCAGAGGAGCCAGGAGCAGGCACCACGCCAUCUCCAACACCACUGCCGAUGUACAAGGACUACAGACCAGGCCGUGGUGGAGGAUUGAACCCGCUGUCGUUCGACCCAGCCACCAACAAUGAGCCCCUGCAGUUCAGCGGCUCUGGCGGGCCCCUGGUGACCGACUGUCCGCUGGAGAACGGCACCGAGAAUGGCAAGAAGAGGAAGAGACCCAGCCUGGCCACAGAGGGAAUUCGCAGCAUGACCAUGGAGUCCAGCCAGAUGGGCAUGCCGAUGUCUGACCCCAACGCCUGGGCCACCGCCAUGAACAACCUAGGGAUGGCACCCAUGAACAUGCCUGGGCAACCUCUCAUGUCAGAUUUUGACCCCAGCCUCAGCAUGAUGGCGGGCAUCGCCCCCAUGAACCCCAUGAUGCCAGGCCUUGGCAUUGUGCCCCCGCCCAUCACGCAGGACAUGCCUGUCGUCAAGGAGAUCAUUCACUGCAAGAGCUGCACCCUGUUCCCGCCCAACCCGAAUCUGCCGCCUCCUGCCACCAGGGAGCGCCCUCCCGGCUGCAAGACGGUGUUUGUGGGAGGCCUGCCAGAGAACGCCACAGAGCAGCUGAUUGUGGAGGUGUUCGAGCAGUGCGGUGAUAUCGGCGCCAUCCGCAAGAGCAAGAAGAACUUCUGCCACAUCCGAUUCUCCGAGGAGUACAUGGUGGACAAGGCACUCUUCCUGUCCGGAUACCGGAUCCGGCUAGGCUCCAGCACCGAUAAGAAAGACACAGGCCGCCUUCACGUGGACUUUGCUCAAGCCCGAGACGACCUGUACGAGUGGGAAUGCCGGCAGCGCAUGCUGGCCCGCGAGGAGCGGCACCGGCGCCGCAUCGAGGAGGACCGACUGCGGCCGCCUUCGCCGCCACCCAUUGUUCACUACUCCGAGCACGAAUGUAGUCAGCUAGGCGAGAAGAUCAAAGAUGACUCCAAAUUCCCAGAGGCCGUCCGGGUGCUGCUGACCUGGGUGGACCGUGGCGAGGUGAACCGCCGCAAUGCCAACAACUUCUACUCCAUGAUCCAGUCGUCCAACAGUCAUAUACGGCGGCUGAUGAACGAGAAGGCAGCACAUGAGAAGGAGAUGGAGGAGGCCAAGGAGAAGUUUAAGAACGCGCUGGCUGCCAUCCUGGUGCAAUUUGAGCAGAUUGUCUCUGUAUUCCGCGCUGCUUCCAAACAAAGAGCAUGGGACCAUUUCUCCAAAGCCCAGCGCAAGAACCUGGACAUGUGGCGCAAGCAGGCAGAGGAGAUUCGCAACAUCCACAACGAGGAGUUGAUGGGAAUCCGGCGAGAGGAGGAGAUGGAGAUGUCAGAUGAUGACAUGGAGGAUGUUCCGGAGUGCAAGGACUCUGAUGACUCUGGCCCCGCAGCCCAGGUUGAGGCCCUCAAGGAGGAGAACGACAGCCUGCGGUGCCAGCUAGAUGCCUACAGGAAUGAGGUGGAGCUGCUGAAGCAGGAGCAGGGCAAGGCGUCGGUGGCGCCGCGGGGCGAGGAGGAGGCCACACGCCAACAGCAGCUCAGCUUCCUGCAACAGGCCCUGCAGGGCAUGCAGAAGCAACUGCUGAAGCUGCGUGAGGAGCUGAAGCUGAAGGAGACUGAGCUGGAGAGGAGCAGUGAUGAGAAGCAGAAGCUGGAGGGCCAGGUGAAGAGCCUGCAGGAACGUACACUACCCUUCCCCCCGGCACAGUCGCACAGGGUAGAAACAGCUGAACGAGAUGACAGAGGCAGUGAGGAGAGGGACAAUCAAUCCAGUGAAGCAGCUACGACGGCAGUGGUCUCCUGCAGCCAGGAGAAGGAGAAUCUUCCAGAGAAGGGACCCCCCAGCCCUGUCAAGUCAGAGAGAGAGGCUCUGCUAGUCGGGAUCAUCUCCACCUUUCUGCACGUGCACCCCUUCGGAGCCAGCAUCGAGUACAUCUGCUCCUACCUGCAGCGCCUGGACACCAAGAUUGGCACUCUGGAGGUGGAGGCCCUUCUGGGUCGUCUGCCCUGCACCUUCAGACAGGAGCUCACGGGCGUGGGUGCCAGCCUGGAGAAGAGGUGGAAGUUUUGCGGCUUUGAGGGGAUCAAGACCGCAUAGGGGCCGGGCUGGGGGACAUGUGGCUGAGGGGGUGGAGACUGAGGGAUGGGGCCACAGAGGCAGGGACGUGGACAGAAACAAUUUUACAAGCCCCACUGGCACCCCACUGGCACCCCCCAGGACCGGUGUCCCAGACCUCAGGACCAUCUGCACAGGGAGGAGAUCGGGAGGGUAACUGCAGGAUUGUGGAUUCUACAGGAACAUAGAAGAACCUGCGGGCUAUAUUUCUUAUUUUGCUGUACAGGAUGUUAACUGUUGCUUUAAUGCUUUUGUUUAUAAAUAUACUAUACAAGUGUAAAAGAAACCGACAUUGGGUAAAAACAGAAAAAUCUGAAAAAGCUUUCACAGCUUGUUUUUACAGUUGGUACGUACGCUGAGCAGGAAGCUAUAUGCUGGUCCCAGGGUCACAGCUGUCAGGUGAGGGGGACACAGACGAGCCUGUCAUUCACAUUGCUCUCUGCUGGGGCCGGGGGCUGUGACUGGCCUGUUACCCUCUCACAGAGCAGGACACCCAAAGGGAAGGGCCGGGCCGGAUGCGUGCCCCCCCAGCCCAGCCCAGUCCAGCUCACAUUUUUUUCUCAUCUCUGGAGCCCUUUAGCAUCCUCUGUCGUCCAAAGGUCAUCUCUGUCUGUCCACGCCUGACGAGGCUGGCACAGUGAGCGAUACACUGGAGAUCCCGGGCCAGCCGGCCAGUGGGCCCGCAGGGACUCGCACUGCGCGGUGCUGCUCUAAGGACGCUCCCGGCCUUGUGGCAUGAAGGAGGCUUGUGCUCCCCACAGCCAGAUCAUGCACACACCCCUAGGGCUCAGGAGCGAUGUGGCCCUUUAGGCAAUAAUGAAAGUCACUUUUUCAGAUGUAGCUAGUGAUUGUGAGACCCUGCCACCUUCCCGUCCAUGUGCCUGCUUCCCAUUCAUGUUCCACCAUCCCCAUGAUACCUUCCCGUUCCCGUGCCGUCUCCCUGUCCCUGUGCCUCCUCCCCAUCCCUGUGCCACCUCCCCAUCCCUGUGCCUGCUUCCCAUUUCUGUUCCACCAUCCCCAUGAUACCUUCCCGUUCCCGUGCCGUCUCCCUGUCCCUGUGUCACCUCCCCAUCCCUGUGCCACCUCCCCAUUCCUAUUCCACCAUCCCCAUGAUACCUUCCCGUCCCUGUGCCGCCUUCCCGUUUCCGUGCCGUCUCCCCGUCCCUGUGUCACCUCCCCAUCCCUGUGCCACCUCCCCAUCCCUGUGCCACCUCCCCAUCCCUGUGCCUGCUUCCCAUUCCUGUUCCACCAUCCCCAUGCUACCUUCCUGUCCCCAUGGCGUGUUCCUGUCCUCAUGCCAGCUUCCUAUCCCCUUGCUUCAUUCAUUCAUUCCUGUGUGUGUGUAUUAGUGUCGUUGGUAUCUGAUUCUGCCAAGGCUUCAGCCUGGGGAGAACUGUGCCUCCAUCCCCCAGUAUGGCUUAUCACACAUGCUAGAAUAAAAAGGCGUUUCCACUGCUGCCAUUGCUCUGCGUCUGAGCGCAGUACAGAGGAGCUGUACUCGGCAGCCUGCUCUGGCUCUUUCUCUGCUUUUAACCCCCCCACCCACCAUCCGUUUUCUCAAAGCUUUGAUAACUUCAUAAGAGAUGAAUAAAACACACCAUGUGGGCUGAGAGGACUCGACAGAGGCGCUCCAGUGUCCUACUUUGUCAUACAUUUCUAUUCUGAGUCCGUGGCGGCGGCCGGCAGCUUGGACUUCACCUGCUCAUGUGACCGGUCCUCCCCAGGGCCCCCCCCCCCCCAAUAAAACGUGUUGGCUUCGCAUUUUCGUAGCUCGAAUUCCCUGUAGGGUUCAUUACAGUCAAGCUAUGGAAACAAAGUAUAAUUUAGUUCUCGUAAGAGUUGGCUAUGUGUGAGUACCCAAGUCUUGCAUAGGGUUGCAGUUUAGAGUCAUUAUGUCUUUGCUGCAGUCCCAGGUACCAUGUCUGUGGCUCUGCUGUUGACCCCCUCAGGAAACCUGAUACUCAUUGUUUGUUUAAAUCAGGAUAGGAUUUAGGACAGACUCCCUGAGGAGUUCUGUAAACUGCGGGCCCGUGUGCUGGAAAAUGCACCCCUCAGAUACUCUCCAGAAUGCUGUGGAGGAUCACCCGUGGCGUGGGAGAGAGCCCGGCUCUGUAGCUUCUGGAUUGCAUUGAGGCUCCGCACAGGAUUUCCAUGGAGAUUGUGGAGGGUGCAGAUGGAGUUUGUGGGGGGGCUGGAGUGACAGUGACACUAAACAGGCACCCACCCUUGAGACAGAGGCCAGCAGGUCCACAGGGGAGGGGGGCAGUGUCGGUGAAGCGCCAGUUCGAUGCACACGGUCAUGGUGUCUUGUUUGAAGAAGUACCAGAGACCGCCACAUCCACGCCAUACGUGGUGGUUUGCGGGUUUGUGGCUGUGAGGUUCACCAGUCUGCAAGUCGAUUCCUGAGCAGAACUUAGCCGGUGAUGCUCACUGACCCUCACCACACCCAAAGUCUGUCACUAACAAACUCCGUCUGCUCAAGGAGCCACCAAGGGCAAGUAUGGCGAUGAGGUGGCAGAGUCUCACCAGUGCUGAGAUGCAUGUCUCUUAAAGUGAGAUUUCAUUAAAAGGCUUGAAUAUCCUUUGCAGGUACAUUACUUAAUGGUUCAAUAUCUCCCCCUGCUGGCUGAAAUAAAUGUUUUCUGACACUUGUCCUCACCACCCCCUUAUGUGCACUUUCCCUGGCUCCACAUAUAGCUGUGACUUUUCCGUUACAGGUACUCUGACAGAAUGCCAGAAUUCACCUUCAUACAUGCUCUGCCCAACGCACAGAAAGUACAUAUGCUGAGUCCCAGUGGAACAGCAUUCAGUACCACCUGUGAAUUUCUCUCAAAGCCAUUUUUUUCUACAGAAUGUAAAAAAUCAGUGCUGUUAUAAUGCAGUAUAGAUACCUUUAUAAUGCAUUAUAGUGCUUACUAUAAGCAUUAAGGAUGCUUUUUACUGCAUUAUAAAGGUAUAUAUAUAUAUUGCAUUGUAGUUGAGAGCUUCAUAAGGCAGUAAUAAUGCAUAAUAAACAUAGCUAUAAUGUGUUAUGCCUUUUAUAAAUAGUUACAGCUGUGUUUAUAAUACUUCAUGGAUGCAUUAUAACUCAUUAUGAAGGUUCCUAUAAAGCAUUAUGAUGACUGCUUUAAAGUGUUACCGUUUUUAUUAUUUUUAGAGAUUCAUCUUCAAAGGGUAGUUGCUCUCAGAAACAGGUAGAAAAUUGCUUUGGUUAAAAAGCAGGAGAUGUGAGGAAUUUGUCUAUCUGAGGAUUCUUCUUUUUUUACCUCUAUGGAUGAUAAUCCGAGAUGAGCUCUCAGCUGACAGCUAAAGAGCCCCUUCUGCCCUGCCCGUUACUCCCUGUAAUCGUUGGCCAUAAUCUCCCCACUGAUGCAUUCCGGUUUUAAAUGCCAUCGCCCCCGAUGCUCUAGGGACGCUUGGCACUCAGCCUGUCUGAACCCACUGAGUCUCACUCCACGUCUGCGAGGCCUCUGACCUUUCAGAUGAGAAAAAGAUGAGAGGGAAAAAAAACUUUGUACAGGCAGUGAUUAUCUGUAUUGUUGAAAAAUGUAUUUUUAGAAAUAAAGUGUUUUUUUUUCUGUAA